UACAUUAAAAAUUCUCGCCUAAUUCCGUAAAGAAUUUCUGGUAUUUUCUUGCGAAAUUUCAGCAAAUUGCGAUAGCAGCGCAUAAACAUCGAUUAUUAAUUUUUCCCCACCUCUAGCACCACAUGUGUGUUGUUGCUUGGGCAUCAAAAAUUGUCGAGCGUCCGCGUUGCUGUUUGCUGUGGAGAAGGAAAAGAACGAGAAGAACCGGUACUACGCCAGGAAACAGGACUCAGAAUAGGAUAUAAGGUUUCCACGGACACGGAACGAAAUCCACAUAGCUAACAAAAUGCCCAACGACACAGUGGUGAGAGUGCAGGAGUACAAGGACUCGCUGAUCCUCAAGGCAGAGCUGCUGAUCACCAAGGGGUUCCCGGAGAAGAUCGUCCAGCUGAACGAGCUGCUGGCCACGCCGAUGUUCAACGAGCGCAACUUCGACGAGGUGCACCAGGACCUCAACAUCCCGGCCCUGCCGCCUGUCCUGGUUAAGAAUCACGAGGACAACCAGUCGGAGGACGGCGAUCAUCCGCCCACCAAGCGCCAGCGCGUGGAUGUCCUCGUUUCCGGGCAGCCGGUGCUGGCACUGCCCGCCGGUACGGUGCCGUGCAACAAGCCGCUCUGCGAGAUGAUCAAGGUCGUCAAGCCUAUCAUCAGGAAGCUUGUGGAAGAUUCCAAUCUACUUAAGAUGUGGAUCUCCUUUAUGAUACCCAAGAUCGAGGAUGGCAACAACUUUGGCGUGUCCAUUCAGGAGGACACGCUGGCCGAAAUUCAAACUGUAGAAUCCGAGGCGGCUGCCUUUUUUGACCAGAUAUCGCGCUACUUCCUGUCGCGCGCCAAGGUGGUGUCCAAGGUGGCCAAGUAUCCGCACAUCGAUGACUAUCGGCGCGCAGUCCUCGAGCUGGACGAGAAGGAGUACCUCAGCCUGUGGCUGGUCGUUUGCGAGGUGCGCAAUCGCUACUCCUCGCUGCACGACAUAGUUAUUAAGAACCUCGAGAAGCUGAAGAAGCCGCGUUCCUCAAAUACCGAAAGCCUGUAUUAGGCUAGGUAUUUCCCAAGCCCGAGCCUCUACUUUUUUUUUUUUCCUUUGCAUCAUCUUACUUCUUGAUCAACAAACAAAUCAACAAUCAGCCCGUAGAGCGGACGGUCACCGGUUCUUGUGGCUACUUAAAAAGCUAAGACUCUCCACUUUGGUUUACCAACAUCAAAAUUCAUUCAAGUGAAGAGCAGUGAUUAAGCAAUAGCUGUAGCCUAACAACAAUCGACUAUUGAUCCAUUUGUACUACGUCUAGAGUGUAAUGUCGAGUUUAGCGUAGAAUACAAGAAUACCGAUGCUGUAUAGAUUCCACUAAUAGCUAUAGCUAUGCAUAUAAAGAAUAGGCGAACUCCAUUGACACAUUUUUUCAACAUUUCCUAAUGUACAUUUUUAACACGGGCGCCCUCAUAAGGAAAAUGUCCUUUAAAAAUGUGUGAAAAAUAAAUCUUAAUAAGUGAUUCGCCCCGAA